AAUUGGUGAUCACCGCGCGCGUGUGCACACAUUCAGCAGAAACACAAUGAGACCACCCAAUUUCCAAGCCUCAGCUCCGCUAUUCGCGAUUGUUGUAAUCACAACACUGACACAUCACAUUGCUUGCGCUCAAAACUCCCGGAACGACUUCCUCAUAGCCCACAACCUCGCCCGCGCAGCCGUCGGCGUCCCCCCCUUGUCGUGGAACCGCACCAUCGCCGCCUUCGCCCGCGAAUUCGCCGACCGUCGUAAGGCCGAUUGCCGACUGGUCCACUCUGGACGGCCCUACGGCGAGAACCUCUUCUGGGGCUCCGGCACGGACUUCACGGGCGCGGAUGCGGUGCGGAGUUGGGUUGAAGAGAAGCAAUUCUACGACCAUCACACGAACACGUGCGCCGCCGGAGAGGAGUGCAGGAGCUACACGCAGGUCGUGUGGCGGAACUCCGUGCACUUGGGUUGCGACCGCGUGCUGUGCGACGGCGGCGGCGGCGUCUUUGUAGUGUGCAACUAUGAUCCUCCUGGGAACUACAUCGGUGAGCGGCCUUAUUGAUCGAUUGAUCAGUGGAUUAUCUUCUUGGAACACAAAUAAUUAGCUUGCGGGCUAUUAUUUUUUUCAAAAAAGUAAUAAUGCCAUAUUAAAUACAAAUUAGAAUCCUUUUGAGUCUUUAA